AUGCGACGCGUGCAGGGCCAGGAAAACACGAUGCAAAUUAUCAGGCAGUACGGAUGCCUGCGACUUCUGCCUGUCUUGACCCCCCUGACCCCGGUAUACCAGACCAUCCGUGAGCUUCCGGGACCGCAACCAGGCUCCGAACAUGCUGCCUAUCAUCCCACUCAGCCGUCAACCCUGUAUAUCGACUCUUUGCUUGCCAAUCGCCAAGCCUCUCGUCGACACGGAGGUGCCAGCCAUCCAGACCAGCUGACCACGAUCUUUGGUCCUAAUCCAAACAUCUCAUUCUUCCCUGCGAAAAGAGUUCGAGCUAUCAGCGAUAGAUUAGGUCAUAGCCGGCUCGAUCAGCUGCUGGACGAAAUCCGCGCGGUGGUUGCAACCAAGGUCAAGAACACUUGUGCCAUCCCCCAAACAUAUUCCCAGCGGCAUCGGGAUGCAGGACGAAAUAAUGACCUCCCUAGUACAGACAUCAUUGCGGGACACAUUGCCGGUAUUCACAAGUUCUCCAUGUCCCAUCUCCCACAUGCUAAUGAUCCGGUGCUCUGUUAUGCAGCGUACUUUGAUACUGUGCAUCCGAUUUAUCCAUUCCUUUGUCCAGACACGUUCCGUGAGAGGACCUUAGGGCACAACCUCACUCAGUCGCUCAUUGCGGAUAAAAGCUGGGCAGCGCUGUUUUACGCCAUCGUGGCCAUUGGCUGUCAGAAUAACGAUGGGGGAAGCUUUGAGGCUGGCGUAGGAGAAGCCUGGUCGUAUUUCGAGCGGUCAUUGUCAUACUUUCAAGAGCUUCUCUUUGGCAGAGGCUCGUUAACUGCAGUCCAAGCACUGAUGGCUAUGGCAAUCUUCUCAUCAACUGUCUCGGCCUUCCAGUUCGAACCCUUGAUGUUAUCGGAGGCGGCUAUUAUGGCGCAGGGAUUAGGGUAUCAUCGCUCAAACAGUCCGCAGGAGGGUCCCUGCCGUCGCACGUUCUGGGUCCUCUAUUUCAUGGAGAAGACUUCCUGCUUUGCGACUGGCAAGACUUCGGUUCUGGAAGAUGCCAAUAUAAGCUGUGCCAUUCCUGAUGUGCCAGAGUCCACCUUUCACGACUAUGACUGGUUCUUCAACUUUGUCAAAUACGCCCGUCUUGUCUCCAAGAUUCGCCAGUCGCUCUUCACAAUCAGCUCCGUGAGUCAACCACUAUCCAGCUAUAACUCCGUGGUAGAGAGCCUACGCAUGGAACUAGAAACCUGGCGCUUGACCGCUCCGCCCCGAUUCCGACCAGGUGAAACACUAAAGACUCGCCUGCUACGAGAGACUCUCGCGGUCCAAGUUGCAUUGAUUACCCAUUUUCUCUAUCUCAACGCCCUGCUUACACUAUCAUGGACUGUUCUACAUCACGGUGCUGUCCGCCUGGGUACCACACAACAGGAGGUUAUGAAGCGAGAAUUGAUGCGAACUGCCAGAAGCGUACUAGAACUGACGGUUUUCAUUGAGGUCGCGCCCUCUACUCCGGUCUGGAUCCUCGCCGUCCUCCCCCUUUCAUCACUAAUGAUCCUCUUCGACCUCGUUGUCCACAACGCCAACCACCCCGAGACCGGUCUCAGCUUGGCCCUUCUCGACAUAGCCGGUGGCCACUUCAGCAGACUAGAGUACGCCAGCAAUGGGGCUCUACCGGGGUCUUUAGUCGCCGAAUUCGCACAUCUCGCCCGACAGUACGUAUCCGAAACUCGCAAAUCCAAGUCCAGGGACUGUAGCGAGGCCGGUCCGCCUCAAGCUCCUGUUGAAGCAUCCCCGUCUGUGCCCCAAGCAAUGCGACCUACAACGACGACAGCAGCAACCACCACUAGCCAACUGCAAAACGCCGUGUCGGCAUUGCCCCAGGGACCCGUUAAUGAUCUUCCCAUUGACAUGCAGCCGUGGAGUCCGGCAUCGCUGGAUCGGAAUGAAUCCCUGUUCCUUCCUUAUAUUGAUGAUCCGAGUUAUUAUUUUGGGGACUUACAGUUGCUGGGAAUAGAUGUGAGGGAUCUUUUUGAUCAUCCGUAUCAACUUCCGGGGAGUGAUCAGUAG